CCCACCCGACCGUGAAUCAUGAAGCUCGAGAUUUGCUCCUUCUCAGGUCACAAGAUCUACCCCAGCAAGGGUAAGACUUACGUCCGUAUCGACAGCAGAAGCUUCCGUUUCAUCAACGGCAAGUCCGAGUCCUACUUCCUCCAGCGCCUCAACCCCCGUAAGAUCAAGUGGACUGUCAUCUACCGUCGCUUGAACAAGAAGGGUAUCACUGAGGAGAUCGCCAAGAAGCGUUCCCGCCGUACCGUCAAGCACGAGCGUGCUGUCGCUGGUGUCUCCUGGGAUGCUAUCCGCGCCAAGCGUAACCAGAAGCCCGAUGCCCGUGCUGCUGCCCGUCAGGCUGCCAUUGCUAAGUCUAAGGAGGCCAAGAAGGCUGCCGCUGCUACCAAGAAGACCACCACUGGCUCUGCUGCUCAGGGUGCUAAGGUUUCCAAGCAGGGUGCCAAGGGUUUCGCUCCUAAGGCUGCUGCCACCUCCCGUUAAAUUCAUUGAAUAAGUUCUAGCCUCAUUAAAUAUGAGUCUCCCUCCAAUUAUAUAUGUGUGUGCGUCCCUAAGAAUUUUCUCUGUUCUAUCCAUAAACACUGCCAAAAAAAAAGCAAAAUAUUAUACAAUGUGGUUGUUUUAAAAUGUGGUU